AUGCUGAGAUUAGUAUUCUACCAACAUCCCAACAUUCGAAUCGCUACACAUCCGUUCAUCGUGCCGAUGUGGCUAUGGACCUCAUCCCUGAACUUCGUUCUAGCCAUUCUGCAACUAGGUUUCAAUCUCCUAGUAUUGAUUUCGAUUGCAUCGGAACGUCGUCUCCACACCAGUCUUCAUUUGCUCUCAACAAGUCUCUGGGUCUGUAAUAGCAUCACUGCUAUUGUGACGAUAUUCUCUUCCUUGAAUCCAACGCAAUGCUUGGAAUCGUCUUGUCAACAAGCUGUCAUGAAGCAGUUUCCGGAUAUGAAAUCGAGAUCGUUUGUGGAAUUGGAGCGUUUUCCGGCGCUCACUACCGCCAUCCUUCUAAACUCGACAAUUAGUCUGUUGACAUUGUUGACGAUUGGCUUCGUGCACGCAUUGGCCCGCCACAAUUAUCACCUCUCCAGAUCGCAAAUAUCUCGCUUGAUUUGUUCUACCUGGCUUUUGGUCAUUCUGCUCCUUUUGUCCGACUUCUUCCUGAUUCGCCUUUCGCGAUCAUUCGUCCUUGCGGUUCCAUUCCAUCUUGCCCUAUUAUCCGUUUUCCUCUGCUUGAACCUCAUCAUUCACCCACUCAACCUCAUUCAACUCAUUAUUGCCCAAAGAAUGAGUCCUGAAAUAAAUGCAAACGUUACCCGUCUUCGUAAGGACUGCGCCACAGCUUCACUGUGGCUUUUGCUCAAUGGGUUGUCGUUUAUAAUCAUUUUCAUGAUGGUUGCUUGGGAAAACCGUGAAAAAGACCAACAGUACAACUCAAUUAUGGGAAUUGAAGUUGCCGCAUUCUCCGUCCACUGUGUCGCUAACCCCUUAAUCGCUGUCAUUCGUGAUCGCCAAUUGGAAAGAAGCCUAACACGUUUGUUAAUGCGCAACAAGAGACCAAGAACAACUCACGAGGAAGAUUUAAUCAUCGCUCUGAUGAGGGAUCCACCACCGCCGUACAGUGAAUAA